AUGGGCUGUGGGACAAGCAAAGUGCUUCCCGAGCCCCCCAAAGAUGUGCAGCUAGACCUGGUUAAAAAAGUUGAAUCUUACACAGCCCACAAUGACAUAUAUAAGCAUUUCAUCAAAGAUGACUGUGGGACUGUCAUCAAAGCUGGCUCUCCCUCGCCUCCACAUCACGCUAACCUGUAUCCUGGGAACCACCUGCCUGCCCACGUGGACCAGCCCGAACCCCGCAAGAACAAAGUGGCUAAAUACCGCGCCAAAUUUGACCCCAGAGUGACAGCCAAGUACGACAUUAAAGCCCUGAUCGGGAGAGGGAGUUUUAGCCGCGUUGUACGGGUGGAACACAAGGCUACCAAGCAGCCCUAUGCAAUCAAGAUGAUAGAGACCAAAUACCGGGAGGGGAGGGAAGUGUGCGAGUCGGAGCUUAGUGUGCUGCGGCGGGUUCGACACACCAAUAUCAUCCAGCUUAUUGAGGUGUUUGAGACCCAGGACCGUGUGUAUAUGGUGAUGGAAUUGGCGACUGGAGGAGAACUGUUUGAUCGAAUCAUCGCUAAAGGUUCCUUCACUGAGAGAGAUGCUACGCGUGUGCUGCAGAUGGUGUUAGAUGGCGUGAAGUAUUUGCAUACGCUGGGUAUCACACAUCGGGACUUAAAACCAGAGAAUCUGCUGUACUACCAUCCGGGAACAGAUUCCAAAAUCAUGAUUACAGACUUUGGGCUGGCAAGUGCUCGGAAGAAGGGAGAUGACUGCCUGAUGAAAACCACGUGUGGGACCCCAGAGUACAUUGCUCCUGAGAUACUGGUGAGGAAGCCGUACACGAACUCAGUGGACAUGUGGGCACUGGGUGUUAUCUCAUACAUUCUACUGAGUGGCACUAUGCCCUUUGAAGAUGACAACCGCACCCGCUUGUAUCGGCAGAUCCUGAAAGGAAAAUACAGUUACUCAGGCGAG